AGCCGAGGGAAAGAUGUGAGAUUCGACCGAGAGAAAACACACAAGAGAUCCAUCAUUGAUCAUCCAUGGGGAAGGCGAGCGUGAGCAGUGUACUGUGGGCGUUGUGCGUGGUGAGCGCUGUGGGAGUAGCCUGGGCACAGAGCGCCACCAAUGUGAGGGCCACCUACCACAUGUACCAGCCGGAGCAGCAUGACUGGGACCUCAUGGCCGUCAGCGCAUUUUGCUCCACCUGGGACGCCUCCAAGCCCCUCUCCUGGCGCAGCAAAUACGGCUGGACCGCCUUCUGCGGCCCCGUCGGCCCCCAAGGUCAGGCCGCCUGCGGCCGCUGCCUCCGAGUCACCAACACCCGCACUGGCUCCCAGCAGACCGUCAGGAUUGUGGAUCAGUGCAGCAAUGGCGGUCUGGACCUGGACGUCGGAGUCUUCCAGAGGCUGGACACCGACGGCAAUGGCAACGCUCAGGGUCAUCUCUUGGUCAACUACGACUUCGUUGACUGCGGCGACUAAUCUCGUCUGCGUUAAUAAUUUAAUAAGCCUCUCUACUGUAUUCACUCCUCGCCUCCAUGUCUUCUAGUAUAAUAAAAGCACUCUGCUGAUCUAGAGAGCGCCAAGAGCUGGCUUAGCGAAUUCAUUCUACUCGUAAUUACACCGCCUGUGUUUC